AUGGCCACUGUACCUGAAUUGUUCGUGGCUAUCUUUGCGACCGCCAGCGUUGUCCUGUUGGCGACGAUCCUCCACCAGAGGUCCCUGAGACAGCCGUUGAAGUCGCCAGCGACCCAGACCCCGACACGACGCGUCGAUGACACCCCAGCCGAGACUUCAGCACCGAAGACCAAAAAGAGCCUGACACUACGCAUCGAUGAGAUUCCUGCAGAUCAUGUCGAUAACCUGGAUCGCAACCUGAAGUCUAUUCUUGACAAGGUUCUGGACCUGCAGGGAGAUGCGAAUCCUAUGAUCUGUCGCUCUUUGGUGUCACAUGGCAAGGACUCCCUUUGUGCUACUGUCUCGAUCAAUACAUCGCUCUCCGCAGACGACCUGUCCGCUCAGCUGCGCCGAGCCAGGAAUAGUUACCCAUAUAACUACACCUGCAAAUUCGAGGGAAUCACGCCGCUCUAUGAGGACAAGAACGGUGCAGAUGUCGACGACGACGUCUGGCUACGCGACUUCCUGUCGAAAGACAUGCCCAAUAUCCGGGUGUUACUCUACGGCUAUGAUACCACGCUGCCAGGCAGCCUCUCGAAGCAGUCCAUCGAGGACUUGGGUGGUGCCUUGCUGGAACAAAUCAUUGCCUAUCGCGCGAGUGAUGGGACCUCUCACCGCCCCAUCAUCUUCACUGGCCACAGCCUCGGCGGCCUGCUCAUCAAAGAGGCGCUUGUUCGUGCGCGCAGAAGAUGCAGUAAUGCAAACUCUGACCUAUCCAAAGCUUCUUAUGGACUUCUUUUCUUCGGCGUGCCCAACCUCGGCUUACGAAACGACCAACUGAGGACUCUUGUCCGAGGCCAGCCCAAUGAGGCCUUGAUUCACAAUCUCCUCGUCGACAGCGACUCUGAGCCAUCGGCCUUCCUGAAGAGACUCGCCGACCAAUUUUCAGAGAGCUGCAAAGGCCACUACAAGGUCGUGACUUUCUUUGAGCGCAGGCUGAGCCCAACCCUAGAGCUUAACCAGGACGGUAAGUGGCGCAAGACUGGUCGCCCCUCUUUGUUGGUCACAGAAAAAUCGACUACCAGCACGGGCUUGGUAGCUGUCGCCGAGGAGGACAACAUCGCGCUUAACGCAGAUCAUUCUGGACUUGUUAAGUAUGAUUCCAGGAACCAGGGCGACUACACCAUCGUCAGAGAACGACUAAGACGCCUUGUCGAUGAGGCGAGGCUGGAGGUUGCCAAACGAUUCGCCGAGCAUAGCCUCUACCAACCCCUAUCGGAGACAAUGAAAGCCUGUCUGAAAUCAUUGGCCUUUGAGGACAUGGACGGCAGGCAAGUCAAAAUCGACAAUGCUGCCGACGGCACAUGCCAAUGGCUUCUCAAACAUAAAACUUUGAUUGAAUGGGUCCAUCAACAUCGUGGUCUUCUGUGGAUCAAGGGAAAACCUGGAUCCGGCAAGUCAACGCUGGUGAAAUAUGCCCAAAAUGCACUUCCUCCAAUUUAUGGAACCAAUACGCUUGUAUUCUCCUUCUUUUUCCACGGUCGUGGCCAUGAGCUACAGAGAACUCCGAUUGGUCUCUUCCGAUCCCUCCUGCACCAGCUGCUCAAGCGUGUCCCUGGCGCUGUAUCCGACCUGAUCAAAUAUUUUGAGGACAAACGAACAACAGAGGGCGAGCCUGGAGAGAAGUGGCAGUGGGAUUUGAAGACAUUGCAGGCUUUCCUCAAGUCGUCACUUCCAAUAAUCCUGAAGAGGUUUCCAGUCAUCCUCUUCAUCGACGCACUCGAUGAGUGCGGGGAACAAUCAGCUGUCGGGUUGGUCGAAUACUUCGAGAAAUUACGUUCAAGUCUCCCACCGACGGAUUCUCGAUUCGGCAUCUUCUUCUCCUGUCGCAGCUACCCCAUCCUAGAGCUCAAAGGUGGAUCGACUAUAUUGCUCGAUAUGGAGAAUAACGCAGAUAUUACCACGUACGUCAAAGACCGCUUCUCUACGGAUCCGGACCACUAUAUCGAAAAUCUAAUAUCGGGCCGUGCCCAAGGCGUUUUCAUGUGGGCUCACUUGAUCGUCGAACGCGUGCUACGGAUGAAACGCAGGAGGGAACCGAGAGUCGAGAUCGAAGACGCCAUUACGCAGACACCUCAGAAUUUAGACGAACUGUAUCAUGAGCUCGUUCAAGUCGUGGAGAAUCGCUCAGUCACCUUGAAACUGAUGCAAUGGAUUUGUUUCUCCACGCGGCCUUUGACAACGAACGAGCUACAAUGGGCCAUGGCGGUUGAUCCGAACCAGACAUAUAGAUCUCUCGACGAAUGCCAAGGCUCGAAAGAUUUCAUCAAUGGCGACGAUAUAGAUACAAGAGUCAUGGUCCUUAGCUGCGGUCUCGCAGAGAUCAUUCCGUCCAACAAUUCCCGCAUCGUUCAGUUCAUCCAUCAAUCGGUUAUGGAUUUUUUUGUCAAUGGCGGAUUGAUGGCUUUGGACAUUACUACCAAAGCAGCAAACCUGGUGAUCCCUGCUGUACAUUGCCGCCUCUCCCGUUCCUGUAUCCGUUACUUUAGAAUGGUCGUGUUAUCUCAGUCAGGAUCCGUCGGCGAGGAGGACAAGUCAAGAUUCCCCUUGUUGCACUAUGCCACAACGUCAUGGGUGUCUCACGUAAAGUUGGGCGACUCAGCCGAAGAGUCCCCGAACGAUCUCGUGCACCUGCUUGGAUGGCCGACAGAGCUCCUGGUUGAAUCAUGGGUGCGGAUAUACAAGGCAUUGGAGCCUUACCAAGGUGAUUGCCCGCCAAGCGGGAGUAAUCUUGUGCACAUCGUGGCAAGACACGGCUUGACGAAGUUGCUCCUAUGUCUGCUCCUCGACACGGGGGGAGUCGAUAUUGAUGGAAGAGAUACAGAGUAUGGCCAGACGCCGCUGUCGUGGGCCGCCGAGAAUGGACACGAGGCGGUGGUCAAGAUGCUCCUUGACACUGGCAAGGUUGAUAUCGAUGCAAGAGAUGAGAAUGGCCGGACGCCGCUGUCGUGGGCGGCUGAGAAUGGGAAUGAGGCGGUGGUUAAGAUGCUCCUUGAUACUUGCAAGGUUGAUGUCGAUGCAAGAGAUGAGAGUGGCCAGACGCCGCUGUCGUGGGCAGCUAGAUAUGGACGCGAGGCAGUGGUCAAGAUGCUCCUCGAUACUGGCAAGGUUGAUGUCGAUACAGUAGAUGAGAAUGGCCGGACGCCGCUAUGGUGGGCGGCUGAGAAUGGACGCGAGGCGGUGGUCAAGAUGCUCCUUGAUACUUGCAAGGUUGAUGUCGAUGCAACAGAUGAGAAUUACAGGACGCCGCUGUCGUGGGCGGCUGAGAAUGGACAUGAGGCGGUGGUCAAGAUGCUCCUUAAUACUGGUAAGGUUGAUAUCGAUGCAAGAGAUGAGAAUGACCGGACACCGCUGUUGUGGGCGGCUGAGAAUGGAUAUGAGGCGGUGGUUAAGAUGCUCCUUGAUACUUGCAAGGUUGAUGUCGAUGCAACAGACGAGAAUGGCCAGACGCCACUAUCAUGGGCUGCUGGGAAUGGAAAUGAGGCGGUGGUUAAGAUGAUCCUCGAUACUGGCAAGGUUGAUGUCAAUGUAAGAGAUGAGAGUGGCCAGACGCCGCUGUCGUGGGCGGCUGAGAACGGACACGAGGCGGUGGUUAAGAUGCUCCUCGACACUGGCAAGGUUGAUAUCGAUGCAACAGAUGAGAAUGGCCAGACGCCGCUGUCGUGGGCUGCUUGGAAUGGACACGAGGCGGUGGUUAAGAUGCUCCUCGAUACUGGCAAGGUUGAUGCCGAUGCAACAGAUGAGAAUGGCCAGACGCCGCUGUUGUGGGCGGCUGAGAACGGCCACGAGGCCGUGGUCAAGAUGCUCCUUAACACUGGAAAGGUUGAUGUCAAUGCAACAGAUGAGAAUGGCCAGACGCCGCUGUUGUGGGCGGCUGAGAACGGCCACGAGGCCGUGGUCAAGAUGCUCCUCAACACUGGCAAGGUUGAUGUCAAUGCAACAGAUGAGAAUGGCCAGACGCCGCUAUUGUGGGCGGCUAGAUAUAGACGUGAGGCGGUGGUCAAGAUGCUCCUUGACAUUGGCAAGGUUGAUGCCGAUGCAAGAGAUGAGAAUGGCCAGACGCCACUAUUGUGGGCUGCUUGGAAUGGACACGAGGCGGUGGUUAAGAUGCUCCUUAAUACUGGUAAGGUUGAUAUCGAUGCAAGAGAUGAGAAUGACCGGACACCGCUAUUGUGGGCUGCUAGGAAUGGAUACGAGGCAGUAGUUAAGAUGCUCCUCGAUGCUGGCAAGGUUGAUGUCGAUGCAAGAGAUAUAAAGUAUGGCCGGACGCCGCUAUUGUGGGCUGCUAGGAAUGGAUACGAGGCAGUAGUUAAGAUGCUCCUCGAUGCUGGCAAGGUUGAUGUCGAUGCAAGAGAUAUAAAGUAUGGCCGGACGCCGCUAUUGUGGGCUGCUAGGAAUGGAUACGAGGCAGUAGUUAAGAUGCUCCUUGAUGCUGGCAAGGUUGAUGUUGAUGCAAGAGAUAUAAAGUAUGGCCGGACGCCGCUAUGGUGGGCGGCUGAGAAUGACCACGAGGCGGUGGUUAAGAUGCUCCUUGAUACUGGCAAGGUUGAUGUCAAUGCAACAGAUGAGAGUGGCCAGACGCCGCUGUCGUGGGCGGCUGAGAACGGCCACGAGGCCGUGGUUAAGAUGCUCCUCAACACUGGCAAGGUUGAUGCCGAUGCAAGAGAUGAGAAUGGCCAGACGCCGCUAUUGUGGGCUGCUAGGAAUGGAUACGAGGCAGUAGUUAAGAUGCUCCUCGAUGCUGGCAAGGUUGAUGUCGAUGCAAGAGAUAUAAAGUAUGGCCGGACGCCGCUAUUGUGGGCUGCUUGGAAUGGACACGAGGCGGUGGUUAAGAUGCUCCUUAAUACUGGUAAGGUUGAUAUCGAUGCAAGAGAUAUAAAGUAUGGCCGGACGCCGCUAUUGUGGGCUGCUAGGAAUGGAUACGAGGCAGUGGUCAAGAUGCUGCUUGAUACUGGCAAGGUCGAUAUCAAUGCCGAAGACUUCUGUGGUCUAACUGCGUACCAGCUGUCUGCCUUCAAUCAUCAUGAGCAAGCUGAACGUCAAUUGAUGGCUCGGGGAGCACUGGCCUCUUCUGACUUUUACGGUCUGCAGUCUUUGUUCGUGGAACCUUAA